CAGCUGCAUCGGCUUCUCCCCGUACAAUUGCCAGCCGACGCUGCUAUGGAUUCAUCACAUACCAAAACGUUUAUUCUUUUGGCAGCACAUCUCAGUCGUAUGAAACUGAUGACCGAUUACGUUACUGAUCAGCGUUCUGUGCUCGACCAGUGCACUCGAAUUCUGAAUGCCAUGUUGGACAUAGCUUUACUGAGGAAAUGGUUAUCCACCGCUGUUUCCGUGGUAAUUUUGAUGCAGACAUUAGCGCAGGCCAAUUGGCACACCGAUCAUCCGCUUAUGGUUUUACCUCAUUUUAAUGAAGAAAUCAUCGAACGAAUCGGGCCUGACUGUACAAUACCGCUGCUCAAAGAUCAGUUUCGUCUGGAUGGAGCAAACGUCGAGCAAGCGAGAAAGAAAGCAAUCAAGAAAAUCCUUGAUGCGGUCGAUGCUCUUCUGAGGUGGCCAGUUUUGCAACCCAAAAAGUUUAUACUGCACAGUGAAAGUGGAUCAUCGUAUGAGGUGGAUUAUCUGCAAGAUGAACGAUGGCCAGAGUAUGUGCAGGUUGAGGCUGAUGCCUCCUAUCGCAUUGUAUUCAGUGUUGAAAUGAUCGGGCCGUAUAAAUUUGAAACCGAUGCAUUUUGCCCACGUUUUCACAAAGAAAGAACGGCCGGUUGGAUAGUGAUUGUUGGCGAAAAGGAUACUGGCGAGGCGUUGUGCUGUAAAAAGUUUCCGCCUGUUGCUGGAUUUCGGCAUCUGAGCAUACCUUUCAGGAUACCGAAACGACUAGGUCGCCACAUUUUUACAGUUUUCAUUCUCUCCGAUUCUUAUCUUGGAGUCGAUCAGGAAUAUAAUCUUCAUUGCGACAUAAUUGCAAAAACGGGUGCAAACAACGGAGGAAAAUCUCUUGACUGA